AUGCAUUUAACGUCAACAUUAACGAAUUAUUGGUGGUUUUUUUUCUAUUUAGAUUAUCCAGUUAGUUCAGAUCAUGAUUUGAUAAGUUGUAGCAGUGGUACUCUUGCGAAAAUUUCAAAAACUUAUUGGAAAUCAUUACAAACGGAAUGUAGUGGGCGUCUUCGUACUGGCGCACUUCAACUAUACGUAACGACAAAUGAUAUACCAUAUGAAAGUAAAGUUUUUGUUCGUGAAUUGAAUGGUAUUCUACUGCCAAGUAAAGUUGAUGAUAUUAGUUGGAGCUUUGUUGAAGAUUAUAUCGAUUUUUAUGUUCUUCGAAAAUCGAAUUAUGAAAUUCUUUCAUCUCGUAUUGAUGGUCAAGUUGAUAUUAAACGUAAUUCUAAUUGUAUUAUUCAAAAUUAUUAA